AUGGAAGAAGAUAAUUAUCAUUCACCACAACAUGGACUGAGUAUUUACACUGAAUACACAUAUCAUAAUUCAUCUGAAACAUUGUAUCAUUCAUUAACACAAUGUCCCGUAGAAAAAAAAGUUAAGUUAGCUAAUAGUCAUAAAAAACGACAAAAACUUAAUAACGACAAAAACAGUACUGUGAAGAAAAAAUGUUAUGUUAAUAACACACCAACAAAUCGAAAGAAGUGCACUUCAGCUGUACAGGUUGAACGCAAACGUCGUGUGGCAGCAAAUGCUCGAGAACGUCGACGUAUGAGUGGAUUGAAUUUGGCAUUCGAUGAACUUCGCACCGUUUUACCAUCAUCAAUAUGUAAAAGUAAACGAUUUUCAAAAUAUGAAACAUUACAAAUGGCACUCAGCUAUAUAAUGGCAUUACGAGAUAUUUUAGAAAAUAGUGACAACAAUGAAGAAAUACAACUUACUGAUACAAAUGAUAGUGAUUAG